AUAGACAUUUACAAUUCUAUCCCACUUUUUUCCCACUCGUGAAGUUCCGGUUUCUCCCACCCCGCCACCACCACCACCACACUGUGCGUGUACCUCCAGACUAUUCUGAAUUGCUCUUUCAGAUAAUACUCUACCGUCAACAUGUGUGGUAUCAUUGCUCUGAUCCAGGCGAACCCGUCGGCUUCCGCUGCCGUCGAUCUCCAUGAGGCACUCUACCUGCUCCAGCACAGAGGUCAGGAUGCAGCUGGUAUCGCCACGUGCGCCACUGGCGGUCGUAUUUAUCAGCUCAAGUCGAACGGUAUGGCUGCCAAGGUCUUCAACGACGGCGCCAGGGUGGCAGAUCUUCCGGGCUCGAUGGGAAUUGGACAUCUGAGAUAUCCUACCGCCGGAAGCAGCGCAAAUGCCGAGGCCCAGCCUUUCUACGUGAAUAGUCCAUACGGAAUCUGCAUGGCCCACAACGGCAAUUUGAUCAAUGCUCCCGAGCUGAAGAAAUAUCUGGACAUCGAGGCUCACCGUCACAUCAACACAGACAGUGAUAGUGAACUGAUGCUGAACAUCUGGGCUGAUGAGUUGAGCGAGACGAAGAAGGCCCGUGUCAACAAUGAGGAUGUCUUUGCCAGUCUGAGUCGCAUGUACGAAAGAUGCCAGGGUGGUUUCGCUUGCACUGCUCUGCUCGCCGGCUUCGGUAUCCUUGGUUUCCGUGACUCCUACGGUAUCCGUCCCCUUGUCCUCGGUUCCAGACCCUCUGCAGACUGUGACGGCAUGGAUUACAUGAUGGCCUCCGAGUCGGUUGCUCUUCACCAGCUUGGAUUCACCAACAUCCGUGACAUCCAGCCGGGUGAGGCGGUCAUCAUCCAGAAGGGAGCCGAGCCCGUCUUCCGCCAGGUGGCACCCAAGAAAGCCUAUGCUCCUGAUAUCUUCGAAUACGUCUACUUCGCACGUCCCGACUCUGUCAUCGACGGAAUUAGCGUGUACCGUAGCCGUCAGCGUAUGGGCGACCGUCUUGCUGCGAGAAUUCUCGACCUCCUUGGACCGGAAGUGGUCAAGGACAUCGACGUCGUCAUCCCCAUUCCCGAGACAUCCACCACCUCCGCCGCUGCUGUCGCGCGCUAUCUUGACAAGCCCUACUGCCAAGGCUUCGUCAAGAACCGCUACGUCUUCCGGACUUUCAUUAUGCCUGAGCAAAAGACCAGACAGAAGGGUGUACGCCGCAAGCUGAACGCCAUGCAGGCCGAGUUCAAGGACCGAAAUGUCCUUCUGGUGGAUGACAGUAUCGUGCGUGGUACGACGAGUCGGGAAAUCGUCACCAUGGCCCGGGAAGCCGGCGCCAAGAAGGUCUACUUUGCCAGUUGCGCUCCCGAGAUCACGCAUGCUCACAUCUACGGUAUCGAUUUGGCAUCGCCUACCGAGCUGGUUGCACACGGUCGCAAUGCCGAGGCUAUUGCCAAGCACAUUGGUGCGGACAGCGUGAUUUACCAGACCUUGGACGAUCUGAAGGGCGCAUGCGCCGAGAUCGCUCAGGAGAACGGCCUUGCUGAACCCCAUGACUUUGAAGUCGGUGUGUUCUGUGGUAGCUACAUCACCCCUGUCUCUGACGGCUACUUCGACCACCUAGAGGAGCUCCGCGGCGAGGGUCGCAAGAUCAAGGCCCUGGACCGCGCCAAGGAGGCUGUCACGCAUGGCUUUGCCAGUGAGACGGACUUCAAGAUCGCUGCCAACGGCGUCAAGCUUGAUGCCAGCGGCAACAUUGUCCCCGCGGCCAACCCCAGUGAAUCGGAAGUGCCCAAGGUGGGCAUCAUCUCCGCUCCCAAGCGCUCCCAGGAGGAGCACCCCAAGGUCAAGGACCGCAUGGAUAUCAGCAUCCACAACAUGGGCGACCAUCAAUGAUUACGAGUUUAUGGCUUGGCUUGAUACCGAUGGAUGGCAUUUUGUGAUAUGGGAGUCUUGGAGUUUUUGUAGACGGUGGUUGAAAGACUUGCGGUGGCUAUUUGCUUGACGUUCCAGUGCAUGGCGGGAAGGGUUGGGAUACCCUUAUCAUCAUUGUCAAAUACCUUUUUAGACAUGUUCUUCUGAGAUGACGUACUGUUGAAAGGGCUGAACGGAAGGUCUCCACUGAAUCA